CGAUGUGGAAACACCGGGAUAUCGGAGGAGGUACCGGGUAUAUGACGAAGCGGUUCGAAAUCAGGAUGAACUGCGUUUCGUAUGUAUGAGGUGUCGUCACUACGAUACCUCUGAUGAUGACAUGGAUGUAGAUAAAGUCGUCCACGUACUGCGGGUGCCUGAUGCACCGACGGGCAUUGAAGCAACACAGGCUGCUCGGUUGUUGCACGAAGAAUCAGGAAGUGGGGAUACUAUGGACGCGGUGGGAGCAGAUCACUCAACGUCAAUGUUUGACGUUAGUCGCCCUGAGCGUUCCAUGAAGUCUAAAAAGAAGAUGAGACUGACCUCAACGAUGAAACCGUCCACGAUGUCGUACACCUACCGGGUACAUGAGCACCUACAUACACUGUGGUGGAUGGUGGUUCCAAGAAAGGUUCGCGGAAGCUAGUAUCCAGUGAAGGCUAUGCGUUUGUGUUGUAGAGAACCCUGGUCUCUGGUGUGACGGAGUGGCGAUGUAGCGUCCGAGGAAAGGGAACUGGUUGUCCGGCGGUCAUCAAGCAAACUGGGUAUGCGUUUGUGAAAGGAUCACGGGGGCACAGUCACCCAGCAAAUC